AUGGCGACUACAUUCGGACUUGAUCUGGUCAACCAAGCUCCAGAAGGCACCAAACUAUGGCUUCUCCACUGCGGCAACCUCGAAGCAGACGAAGGAUGGUUCAUGCGAGGCGCGGGUACCACGACAGCCUCCAAUCCCACGCAGAUUGCACCUCGUCGAAAAGCUGUCAUCAUAUCAGUCCUCAUUGAACAUCCCACCGAAGGUCUGAUUCUCUUCGAAACAGGUGGCGGCGACAACUAUCCCGAAGUGUGGGGAGCUCCUCUAAAUGACAUUUUUGCCCGUGUCGACUACUCGCCGGAGCAUGAACUUCCCGCUCAGAUCAAGAAGACUGGCCAUGAUAUCAAAGACGUCAAAGCCGUGAUUAUGGGUCACAUGCAUCUCGACCACGCGGGAGGUCUGGAGAACUUCAAAGGAACGGAAGUGCCCAUAUACAUCCACGAAAAGGAGUUGAAGCACGCUUGGUAUGCUGUCGCCACCAAAUCGGAUCUCGGCGUCUAUCUGCCCAAGGACUUAUCACUGGAUUUGAACUGGAAAGCCUUCCAUGGACCCUUUUUGGAAUUCGCCCCGGGGAUUAAUCUGAGACAUGCUCCCGGCCACACUCCCGGACUGGUGAUUAUGCAAGUCAAUCUGAAAGAGUCUGGAACGUGGAUUUUCACGAUAGAUCAGUAUCACGUUCACGAGAAUUGGGAGUCUGGUAUUCCGCAGGGCUGGCUGGCACGAGACCAUGAUGACUGGGUAGAGUCAGACCAGAUGAUUAAAGCUUUGCAGAAGCGUACAAAUGCCAAGAUGGUAUUCGGUCACUGUGCCGAUACAUUUUUCUCAUACCAGAUUGCUCCUCAUACAUAUAUGUAG